CACACACACACACACAGAGCUAAAUUCAGUGUCACUGUCACUCACACUUCCGGUGGCCGGAAACUGACAAAGGAGGAACACUCUUUUCAGCAGUGACAUGUGCACCGCAUAUCAUACAUAGACCACGACUCAAGACCCAACCCAACUGAGACAGAGAGGGGAAGUGUAACAGGCAGGUUUCACCAAAUGACUUCAGAAGGGUAGUUUCACAGAACAAGCAGAAGAGGGGUAGUAGGUCUUUUUUUAAAGAAGCUGCCAGAGUCCCCUGCAUUUUGGACGGUGGAGAAGUAUGGCAGCGUGGGACCUGUCAGUUACAGUUGAGGACCUGGGAGCUGAUGCUCCGCCCAUCACUGUCAGUGUGACCUCUGACCUACACAUAGGUGGGGUUAUCCUCAAACUGGUGGAGAAGUCACAGGUAAAGCGUGACUGGUCAGACCAUGCCCUGUGGUGGGAGCAGAAGCAGCAGUGGCUCCUGCGAACGGCCUGGACCCUUGAGAAGUGUGGCAUCCAGGCAGAUGCCGGGCUCAUCUUCAUGCCCCAGCACAAGCCCCUGAGGCUGGGCCUGCCCAAUGGACUGAACCUCAGGCUCCGGGUCUGCUUCUCUGGGCCUGUGUUCCGCACUGUGCUGGGCAUCUGCAAGAUGCUGAACAUCCGUCGGCCAGAGGAGCUGUCCCUGCUGCGACCUGUAGAGGAGAAGAAGAGGAAGAAAGAUAGAGACUUGUCAGAGGAACUGUAUGACCUCACAGAAGUGCCUCUCACCUCAGUGUCCCGCCCCUGCUUGUAUAAUGGCAUGCCUGCCCAUUUCGCUGACUCCCCUAAGACUGAGAAGGUGUACAAGAUGCUGUCAGUCUCCCAGCCUGCUCCCCCCCCAGAGGCCAUCGCUAAGCUGUACCGCCCCGCCAGUGUGGUAGACAAGGCCCACAUCCACAGCAGGUGGCUGGACUCUUCUCGUUCACUGAUGGAGCAGGGAGUUCAGGAGAAUGACAGACUCUGGCUGCGCUUCAAAUACUACUGCUUCCAUGACCUGGAGCCCAAGUAUGAUGUGGUGCGUCUGACCCAGAUGUAUGAGCAGGCUCGCUGGGCCAUCCUACUGGAGGACAUAGACUGUACUGAGGAGGAGAUGCUGCUGUUUGGAGCUAUACAGUACCACAUCAACAAGCUGUCCCUGUCGGAGCCCCAGACGAUGACCUCCAGUCCGGCCAUGGAUGACCUGGACUCAGCCCUACAGUGUCUGGAGGUCAAGCUGGAUGGGGCAGACAGCAGCCCCCAAGACAUGCUGGAGAACCUGACCGCCCCAGAGCUGAAUGAUUAUUUGAAGUUAUUCCGGCCCAAGAGGUUGACUCUGAAGGGAUACAAGCAGUACUGGUUCAAGUUUAAGGAUGCCUCCAUCUCCUACUAUAAGAGCAAAGAGGAGAGCCUGGGAGAACCCAUUCAACAGAUCAACCUCAAAGGCUGUGAGGCCGCUCCAGAUGUGAACGUUGCUGGACAAAAGUUCUGCAUCAAACUUCUGAUUCCAGCUCCAGAGGGCAUGAACGAGGUCUACCUGCGCUGUGAAAAUGAGGAGCAGUAUUCCAGUUGGAUGGCAGCAUGUCGUCUGGCCUCUAAAGGGAAGAGUCUGGCAGACAGCUCAUUCCAGAGCGAGGUCCAGAGCAUCCGAUCCUUCCUGGCCAUGCAGCAGACCAACCCCAACACACACACUGAUGACAGCAUGAGCAUCAACACACACAGCCUGGUCUCUCCACGCUACAGCAAGAAGUACAAGGCCAAACAGUUGACCCCUCGUAUCCUGGAGGCAUAUCAGAACGUGGCUCAGCUCUCCCUGACCGACGCCCUCCUCCGCUUCCUCCAGAUCUGGCAGGCCCUGCCUGACUUUGGUAUCUCCUUGGUGGUGGUGAGGUUUAAGGGCAGCAGGAAGGACGAGGUGCUGGGCAUCGCCCCCAACCGUCUGAUCCGUAUCGACCUGGGGGUGGGAGAAGUGGUCAAGACCUGGCGCUACAACAACAUGAGGCAGUGGAACGUCAACUGGGACAUACGACAGAUGGCCAUAGAGUUUGAUGGGAACGUGAACAUAGCGUUCAGUUGUGUGACGGCUGACUGUAAGAUCGUCCAUGAGUUCAUUGGAGGCUACAUCUUCAUGUCGACACGCAACCGCGAGCAGAGUGACACACUCAACGAAGAUCUCUUCCACAAGCUGACGGGGGGCCACGAGGCUCUGUGACACCCUCACCCAGUAAUAUACAGCAGCUAUAACCCAAGGAGCAAUCUAUACAUACAUACAUACAUACAUACAUACAUACAUACAGAUGCACCAGUGGACAGUUUGAGUGUUUUAGGGUGCUGCUGCAGCAGCCUUGAAGAGAAAUGACAACCAGUCCACGUUGGGAUCCUAACAGACAUGCAGUUGACUAUUCAAUAAAUCAAGGAAGAGGUGACCCAUGAAUAGAAAGUUAUAGAAAAUGAUUAACAAUGUAAUGAAUUGUCAAUUCUGAAAUCCAUAAUUAAAUAUGUUUAUUGACAUACAUAAAAAA